UUUCAAACGGUGCGUUACUAAAUUAGUCAUGUCAGAUACAUUGAUUGGGAACUAGAAGACUUUCUCAAUGAAUGCAUAGCUAUGUUACAAAGUUUGUUCAUCAUAAAUCAUUCAAAUGAAAUAUGUUUAGAAAAACACUGGACGAAAAACAUUGCAAAGACAGUUUAUGAUACGUUUCUCGAUGCCAUCACAAAAUAUGCCGUAGGUGAUGUGCCACCAGUUCUUGAAACUUCAAACAAUUCACUCAUUCAUAUUUUUCGCAAUAAUUUAUAUUUUCUAGCCGUGUGUGCCAAUGAGCUACCUCCCUUACUCGUGAUUGAGUUCUUAGAUUGUAUACACUCAAUAAUCGAAGAUUAUUUUGGUUCUGCUGCUGAAACUUCAAUCAAAGAAAAUAUUGUUUCAAUAUAUGAAAUUUUAGAUGAAAUGCUUGAUGGUGGUUUCCCAUUGGCCACUGAACCUAAUAUUUUGAAAGAAAUUGUCCGUCCCCCCAACUUUCUUCAAUCACUUACGGAUGCAGUUACUGGAAAAAACACGAUGAUUGGCUCUACACUGCCUACAAACCAGUUGUCAAAUAUACGUUGGAGACGUUGUGGUGUGAAUUACUCUAACAACGAAGCAUAUUUUGACCUUAUUGAAAACAUCGAUGCCAUUAUCGAUCGUUCUGGUUAUGCAAUAUCCAAAGAGAUUCACGGAUCAGUUGAAUGUUUUAUUAAGUUAUCUGGAACUCCAGAUCUAACAUUGGCUUUCACAAAUCAUCGGUUGAUUGAUGAUGCUGACCUUCAUCCAUGUGUUCGCUUCUCACGUUGGAAAAGAGAAAGAGUUCUAUCGUUUAUACCACCUGAUGGAAAGUUUUCUUUGUUUAAUUAUCAUGUAAACUCAUUAAGCCCUGUGUCACUUCCUAUCAUACUUAGACAUAAUGUUGUUCUACGUGAACAUGGAGGUCGUUUGGAUGUAGUUGUAAUACCUAAAACAAUGGGUAAACCUGUUGAAAAUGUAAAACUUACCAUCCAAUUACCACCAGAAGUAUUAAAUAUCACAGCAUCACCAAAUGUCGGACGAACAAGUUUUGAUGUAACAACAAAGCUGUUUCAAUGGGAUAUUGGUCGUAUUGAACCGAAAUCUACAAAUCCUUCAAUGAAAAGUAGUAUCAAUUUAACUAGUGGUCUCACUGCAUUACCAUCGAAUCCUGUAAUCCUUGUUAACUUUUGCAUUCCACAAUACGUUGCAUCUGGAUUGAAAAUUGCUAGAGUUGACAUUUAUGGCGAGAAAUACAAACCAUUCAAAGGAGUUAAAUAUGCAACAAAAGCUGGUCAAUAUGAAGUGCGAACAUGAAUAACAGAUAUUAUUUAUGCUGUGUCAAAUAGAUAUCUGUUGUUUAUUUUAAGCAUUUACACUACUUAAUUUUUAUAUAAGCUGUGUUGUGUAUGGUUUGGAUUUUAGUUUAUUGAUUUGUUGUUUACAUUGUUUUUAAUAGUUGUACUUUUUACCAAUGUUUUUGUGUAUUUCAUUUUGAACAAGUCCUGUAACAAUUUAUUUUGUUUAUAUCUUUAUAACUUGAAAAUUAUUCUACAAACAAUUUUUUUAUCGAUAAUUGGAUGAUUAGAGAAAUAAUGGACUUAUGGUUGAUGAUUUUUGAGGUGUUUACCAAUUAUGUGUUCUUUUCCAUGCAUAGUAAGUCAACUAAGAUGAUUGGUUUUUGAAGAAAUAUUUCAUUAAACAUGUAUGUGUGUAUGAUACUUCAGAAGUGUUAAUUUAAACUACUUACAUCGUGCAAGUGACAUUUCUGUCUGAUUUUCUAAUGAGGAGUUAAUACAAUUUGUAACUUAUCCGUUUAUUAUUUAUGCGUUUUUUUUUAAAGACAAAGAAAAACUCUGUUGACAUUCGUAAUUAUGAUAUGAUACAUUCAUUCUAUGAUAAUGAUGAUGAUGAUACUUGAUGUGUUCAAGUUAGAAUCCUCUUUUCUGUGAAUUAUUAAAAUGAUAUUUCCA